AUGGAUACAGAUGUCAUAUCUGCUGCAAUAGAUUUUGGAUUACAAAAGUUGUCAUUUACUGAAAUCAAAAUUAACCAGAGAAAAGUUGUAGAAAGCUUUUUGGCAGGCAAAGAUGUAUUUUUUUGUUCACCAACUGGAAGUGGCAAAUCACUAACUUUUGAAAUAGCACCUUUUGUAUUUAAAUAUUUACAGAAGAAUGAUAUGUGCAUUGUACUUGUUAUUUCGCCUCUAACAUCUUUAAUGCGAACACAGACUCAAGCAUUGAAUAGAAAAGGGAUUAAAGCAGUAUAUUUGAAGGACAUUACCUCACCAUCUAAUUUUGAAGACAGCCUAACAAAUCUUUCCUUAGGAGAUGUGAAGGAAGGAAAAAUUGACAUUAUUUUCUCCAGUCCAGAGGCACUUAUUGGACACGAAAGAAAAUUACUGUUGGAUUUGGCAAAGAAAAGUUUUAUCAAGACAGUAUUUGUAGAUGAAGCUCACUGCAUAAAAAAGUUUGGGCUUCCAGAUAAAAAGAAGAAGAAAUUGGCAUAUAGACCAUGUUAUGGCCGACUUGACGAAAUUCGUUCACUUGUUGGGGGUCAUGUACCAGUAGUGGCUCUAACAGCAACAGCUACAGAGGAAACCAAAGCUGUCAUUAAAAAGCAACUUUGUAUGGAUAACUGCUCUGAGAUUAUGGUAAAUCCUGACAAAAAGAAUGUGACAUACUGGGUACAUAAUUUACCUUCAGAUGAUAUUUACUUCAAAGAGGGAGGACCAAAUGAUAACAGAAAUUAUCGCCUUUUUGACAUGUUCCACAUGAAAACCGAUGAUGACGUAAAAGAUUUUAUUUGUACAUCCUACAUGAAUCCAAAUGGUAAUAUUAGAGUUGUUCUAUGUUCAACAUCCUUUAGCAUGGGUCUAGAUGUAAAAGGAGUGGAUACAGUUAUACAUUAUGGUCCAGCUAAUGAUGUUGAUGACUAUGUACAAGAAUCUGGUCGUGCUGGUAGGGAACUUUCGCAACUGUUACAAUGCAAUGCUAUUCUACUAACUUACAAAAGAUGUUUAGGAAGUCAAAAUAUAUUCCUAUCUAUGAAAGAAUAUGUUAAAUCUAAAACCUGUAGACGGGCAUUUAUUCUAAAUAUAUUUAAAACAAUUGUUGAACAUGCACAUAUACCUCACUUUUGUUGUGAUAUUUUUCGUCUCUCAUGCAAAUGUGCAUGCAGUUGUGAAGAUGAAUGUGUAUGUACAAACACUUGCAAUCAAGUUCUCCCUAAAAUAAACACAGCUAUUAUGUCAAAUGAGGACAAUGAUGAUAGUGAUGAUAACGAUGACAAUGACAUUACCGAUUUCGAUGAUAUGUUUUCAAGUGAUAGUGACAGUGAUGUUUUAGAAUCGUCAACAAGAAAACCACAAGUCAUUUACAGUUCAGAUGACGAAAUGUUUUGAAACAAUAAAAUUGUUCUGCUAAUAGAAAUGUUUGUUUUGAAACUUUUUUUAAACUAGCACCAAUCCAGUCUCUAACAAACUCCAUGUCUAGCUCUGUAAGGGGAUUUUCCUUCAUGUUUGGAUAGGCAUAAUGUGAUCGGCCAGGAAUGAAAUCGAAUAAAUUACAUGCCUGGAAUUGUCUGACCAAAGUUAAAAUGUCUAUUUCCUUGUCACAUGUUUUAUGUCGUCCUGAUGGAACAUGCACUUUACACAUUUUGUCAAACUGUUUGAUAAUUUCGUGGACUUUCAUAGCACUCUUACUGACUCUCGAAACCACUUUCUCAGUAAAAACACCUCUGUAACUAUGGGCAGAAUCUUUAAACACCUUAUUACAAUGUUCAACAUCUAAAUCAUUUGGAUGAUUUGUAUUUGCGUCCCCCUUAUGGUUUACAGUUCUGUUCCAUAUCAGUCUGUGUGCAUGGCGUUCUGUUAACAAAACUUCAGUUUGGGCUAUAGU